UGAGCGGUGAUGGCCGCCUUCGGGCUCCUCAGCUAUGAGCAUCGCCCGCUCAAGCGCCCGCGCCUCGGGCCGCCCGACGUUUACCCGCAGGACCCGCGCCAGAAGGAGGAUGAGCUCACGGCAGUGAACGUAAAGCAAGGCUUCAGCAACCAGCCCACCUUCCCUGGAGAUGAGCAUGGGUCUGCCAGGAAUAUUGCCAUCAACGCCUCAAAGAUCGGCGCUGACUUCAGCAGCAUCCUCGCAGAAAAGCUCAAACUGAACACUUUGCAGGACACGGGGAAGAAGAAACCCCAAGUAAAUGCCAAAGACAACUACUGGCUGGUGACUGCUCGGUCCCAGAGUGCCAUUCACAGCUGGUUCACAGAUUUGGCAGGAAGCAAGCCCCUGACUCUCUUAGGAAAAAAGGUUCCUAUUCUCAGUAAAAAAGAAGAUGUUUUUGCUUACUUAGCAAAAUACUCUGUGCCACUGCUGCGAGCAGCAUGGCUGAUCAAAAUGACAUGUGCCUACUAUGCUGCUAUUUCUGAAGCUAAAAUCAAGAAACGCCAGGCCACUGACCCAAAUAUUGAAUGGACUCAAAUUGUAACCAAAUACCUCCGAGAGCAGCUGGCAAAGGUUGCUGAGUUCUAUCAUGGGACUUUGAGCCAAGGCAACGGCUCUGUUGUGAUGCCUCCAGAGAUGGAACAAGCCCUGAAGCACUGGGAAUACAAUGAAAAAUUGUCAUUUUAUAUGUUUCAGGAAGGAAUGCUCGAGAGACACGAGUAUUUGACGUGGAUACUGGAUGUUUUAGAAAAAGUCAGGCCCACGGAUGAUGAUCUUCUGAAGCUGUUGUUGCCGCUGAUGUUGCAGUAUUCAGAAGAGUUUGUUCAGUCAGCUUACCUGUCCCGUCGCCUGGCUUAUUUCUGUGCCAGACGCCUGUCCUUGUUGCUCAGUGAUGGGCCCAGCCCUGUAGCUGCCCACUCCCCUCAUCUGAUCCCUGGACCAAGUACCCCUGCCCUGGCCGUGCCCAGCCCGAGCACCCCUGGCCCCGGGGUGGGGCUGGCACAGCUGCCCUGCUCCGACCUCCUGGCCUGCCCCCAGCACCGUGCCCUGGUGUAUGGGCUCAGCUGUGUGCUGCAGACUGUAACUCUUUGUUGCCCAAGUGCCUUGGUGUGGAAUUAUUCCACAAAUGAAAAUAAGAACGUUAAUCCAGGCUCACCUCUGGAUUUACUUCAAGUCGCUCCAUCCAGUUUACCUAUGCCAGGUGGAAAUUCGGCAUUUAAUCAGCAGGUUCGGGCAAAGGUUUAUGAAGUGGAACAGCAGAUAAAGCAGAGAGGCCGUGCUGUGGAGGUGAGGUGGUCGUUUGACAAGUGCCAAGAGUCAACUGCAGGGGUGACCAUCAGCCGGGUCCUGCACACCUUGGAAGUGUUGGAUCGGCAUUGUUUUGACAGGUCAGAUUCCAGCAAUUCCAUGGAGACACUUUAUCAUAAGAUCUUCUGGGCAAAUCAGAGUAAGGAUAACCAAGAGGUUGCCCCAAACGACGAGGCCGUGGUGAUGCUGCUCUGUGAGUGGGCUGUGAGCUGUAAGAGGUCCGGGAAGCACAGGGCCAUGGCUGUGGCCAAGCUUCUGGAGAAGAGGCAAGCAGAGAUUGAGGGAGAAAGAUGUGGUGAAUCUGAAGUCCUAGAUGAAAAGGAAUCUCUGUCUUCAGCCUCCUUGACAAGUUCCAGUCUUCCUGUUUUCCAGAAUGUCCUGCUAAGGUUUUUGGAUACACAAGCUCCCUCGUUAUCUGACCCAAGCAGUGACCAUGAGAAGACAGAGUUUGUGAAUUUGGUGCUGCUUUUCUCGGAAUUCACUCGGCAUGAUGUUUUCUCCCACGAUGCCUACAUGUGCACUUUAAUAUCUCGUGGGGACCUGUCCAUCACUGCAGCUCCCAGACCACGCUCCCCUAAUGGGGAAGCUGUAGAUGAACAUUAUUCAAAGGAUCAUGAUGUGAAACUGGAGGGUCAUGGUAUUGUGGAACAUACGGGCAUUGACUCAGGAACCACUGGUAUUUUUGAUGAUGUAGAAAAGAGUGACUUUAAGGCAGAUUUCGGUUCAGAAUUUCCAAUCUCUUCUCCGAUGCCUGGGGAGUCUCGUCAGAGUGUGACCCCUUCCUUCGAGGGAAGGAUCUCAGUCCCGAGCGACAAGUCAGCCAAGAGGGAGAGGCUGAGAGAGCUGAUUGUGCCAUCCAACUAUCACCUCCUUCGGCACCUGCAGUACGCCACACACUUCCCCAUCCCCCUGGAUGAGUCCUCCAGCCACGAGUGUAACCAGCGCAUGAUUCUCCUCUAUGGCGUGGGUAAGGAGCGGGAUGACGCGAGGCACCAGCUGAAGAAGAUCACCAAAGACAUCCUCAAAAUCCUGAACAAGAAGAGCACUACAGAAAUGGGUGUGGGGGACGAAGGGCAGAAGGCCCGGAAGACCAAACCAGAGGCGUUUCCAACCCUGGAGACUGUGUUCACAAAACUACAGCAGCUGUCCUAUUUUGAUCAACAUCAGGUGACAUCCCAGAUCUCCAGCAAUGUCCUCGAGCAGAUCACCAGCUUUGCCUCGGGAACGUCGUACCACCUGCCCUUGGCUCACCACAUCCAGCUCAUCUUCGACCUCAUGGAGCCAGCACUGAACAUCAACGGACUGAUAGACUUCGCGGUGCAGCUGCUGAACGAGCUGAGCGUGGUGGAGGCCGAGCUGCUGCUGAAGUCGUCCAGCCUGGCCGGGAGCUACACGCCGGGGCUGUGUGUGUGCAUCGUGGCCGUGCUGCGGCGGCACCACGCCUGCCUCCUCCUCAGCUCCGAGCAGACCGCCCAGGUCUUCGAAGGGUUGUGUGGGGUAGUAAAGCACGUCGUGAAUCCCUCUGAGUGUUCCUCCCCAGAACGGUGCAUUUUAGCUUACCUGUACGACCUGUACGUGUCCUGCAGCCACCUGAGAAGCAAGUUUGGAGACCUGUUCAGUAGUGCCUGUUCCAAGGUGAAGCAGACGAUCUACAGCAACAUCCAGCCCUCAAACUCCAACUUGCUGUGGGACCCAGAGUUCAUGCUGGAUUUCCUUGAGAAUCCCUCUGCUCUCAGCAUUAACUACUCGAUGCUGGGCAAGAUCCUGAGCGACAACGCAGGGAACCGCUACAGCUUCGUGUGCAACGCGCUGCUGAGCGUCUGCAUGGGCCACCAGGACCCAGGCAGGAUCAAUGACAUAGGGAACCUGUGUGCAGAGCUGACGUCGUGCUGCACCCUGCUCAGCUCGGAGUGGCUGGGGGUGCUGAAGGCUCUGUGCUGCUCCUCAAACCAUGUCUGGGGCUUCAACGAUCUGCUCUGCAGCGUGGAUGUGAGUGACCUGUCGUUCCACGACUCCCUGGCCACGUUCGUGUCCAUCCUGAUCGCCCGGCAGUGCCUCUCCCUGGAGGAUGUCAUCCAGCACGUUGCACUGCCUUCCCUCCUGGCAGCUGCCUGUGGGGAUCUGGAUGCUGAGCCUGGGGCCAGGAUGACCUGCCGGCUGCUCCUGCACCUCUUCAGGACACCCCAGGUGUGCCUCUUUGCCCAGGAGACAGGGAAAUUAUUUCCUGGAAUUCGCUCUUCCUGUGACCGUCACCUCUUGGCCGCUGCUCACAACAGCAUCGAAGUGGGAGCUGUGUUUGCAGUUUUGAAAGCAAUUCUGAUGCUUGGUGAUGCAGAAAUUGGGAACAACAAUGUCAGCUCCUUGAAGAGUGAAGAGUUUCAUGUGAGAGGCUUCUUAGAUGAGCUCAAUGAGGAGGAAAUCUGGGGUUCCUCUCAAGCUUUGAAAUCCUGCAGAAAAACUGUUUCCAUGGAAACUGCCAGUCUGAGCGAGUACGCGAGAUACGUGCUCAGAACCAUCUGCCAGCAGGAGUGGGUCGGAGAGCACUGUUUGAAAGAACCUGAGAGGCUGUGCACUGACAAAGAUCUUAUUUUGGAUCCCGUUCUCUCAAACAGACAAGCACAGAAACUCCUUCAGCUUAUCUGUUAUCCUCAUGGCAUUAAGGAGUGCCCCGAGGGUGACAACCCUCAGCGGCAGCACAUCAAGCGCAUCCUUCAGAACUUAGACCAGUGGACGCUGCGGCAGUCGUGGCUGGAGCUGCAGCUGAUGAUCAAACAGUGCACGAAGGAGCCCGGUUCUGGGGCUGUGGCUGAAAUGAACAGCUUGUUGGAUAAUAUCGCAAAGGCCACAAUAGAGGUGUUUCAGCAAUCCGCUGAGCUAAACAAUAACUCUUCUAACUCUGGUAUAGGCCUCUUCAGUCCAAACUCUGUUGGAAAUGCUGACACGAGUAAUACAAGACAGAAUGGUAAAAAGACAUUCCUAAGUUCCUCUGAGAGGCGAGGAGUGUGGCUGGUGGCUCCCCUGAUUGCCAAACUGCCCACCUCGGUUCAAGGUAGGGUCUUGAAAGCUGCAGGAGAGGAGCUGGAGAAAGGGCAGCAUUUGGGGUCAUCUUCUAAGAAGGAAAGAGAUAGACAGAAACAAAAAAGCAUGUCCCUGCUGAGCCAGCAGCCUUUCCUGUCACUGGUACUCACUUGCCUUAAGGGACAGGAUGAGCAACGGGAAGGGCUUCUCACAUCCCUGCAGAAUCAAGUUACUCAGAUCCUCAGUAACUGGAGGGAGGAGCGGUACCAGGACGAUGUCAAAGCCAGGCAGAUGAUGCACGAAGCCCUGCAGCUGCGCCUCAACCUGGUGGGUGGCAUGUUUGACACAGUGCAGAGGAGCACCCAGUGGACCACAGACUGGGCCCUUCUGCUCCUCCAGAUCAUCACCUCAGGGACUGUGGAUCUGCAGACCAACAAGGAAUUGUUCACGACUGUGCUGGACAUGCUGGGGGUCCUCAUCAAUGGGACACUCGCCUUGGACCUGUCCAGUGCCUCCCAAGGAGGGCCUGAGGAGAACAAAAGGGCUUACAUGAAUUUAGUGAAGAAAUUAAAAAAGGAGCUGGGGGACAGGAGGUCCGAGAGCAUCGACAGGGUCCGGCAGCUGCUGCCGCUGCCCCGGCUGACGUGUGACAUCGUGGCCUGUGAGCCCACGGGGUCCCUCAUCGACACCAAGGGCAACAAGGUCGCGGGCUUUGACUCCAUUGACAAGAAACAGGGGCUUCAGGUGUCAUCCAAACAAAAGGUGUCCCCUUGGGAUUUAUUUGAAGGUCACAAAAACCCUGCCCCUCUCUCCUGGGCAUGGUUUGGGACUGUUCAUGUGGACAGGAAGGUGAUCAAAUACGAGGAGCAGCAGCACCUGCUGCUGUACCACACACACCCCAAACCCAAACCACGCAGCUACUACCUCGAGCCCUUGCCCCUUCCUCCAGAGGAGGAGGAGGAAGAGCCCACCACACCUGCAUCUCAGGAACCAGAAAGAAAGCUGGGAGAGCUCUUGGACCAGGGAAAACACGCCACGGAUGACGAGAAGAGGGCAAAGGGCAGGAAGCGGAAGUCAAAGUUGAGCUCCAGGGCUGAGGACUGUCCCCAGCCCAGCCUGUACAGAGUGCCUCCCUCCUGCUCCCUGCCGCCGAUGGCUCACGCAGCCCCCCCGGCCCUGUGGGGGUACAGCCUGGGGGGGCCCCCCCUGCAGCCCGGCUCCUUCCUGCAGGGCCAGCCCCUGGCUCCAGGUGGUUCCGGGGUGGACUCAACAGGCUCCUUUAUACCAGUGAACACGAAGCAAGCUCUGUCCAACAUGCUGCAGUGGCGCUCGGGCUCCGGGAUGCAGCCGCCCUCGGUCCCUGGGAUCCCACCCCAGCAGCAGCUGCUCCAGAGGAAACUCCUGCAGGGAGAGCAGCAGCAGCAGCAGCUCCUGUGGCAGCAGGUGCAGGCACGGGCUCUCCAGCAGGGUUUGCUCCUGCCCCUUGAUGCUGCCCUUGUUCCCUGUUGUGUCACCGAGGCUCUCAGAGGAUCACAGGCACCAGGUGCCACCAAGCUGCCAGGGCAGCCGAUGGACCAAGCUGCAGUUUUCGCUCCGCAGGCUCGACCCCCGUCCCAGCUCCCGCAGUACCCGGGGCUGCAACAGGCACAGAGCCUUCCCCACGGAUACACCCUGUUCGGCAGCGCGGUGCCGGCGCAGCAGCAGCAGCAGCAGCAGCCCGCUGUGGGGCUGUCCCCCGCUGUGGGGCUGUCCCCCGCUGUGGGGCUGUCCCCCGGCUGCCCCGCGCCGAUGGAGCUGCGGCAGGACCAGCACCCCGCGUACCUCCCGCAGCAGCCGCGCACCCACGGCCCCGCUGGAGCCCCGCGACUGAACCAUCAGCCUUUGCAAACGGGUUCCCUGGUUGGAGGGGGACUGGACGGUGCCUCGGCCGUGGGGCCACACCCUGGGCUGGGCACGGGGCAGCCGCUGGAGCCGGGCAGGCAGAGGCAGCAGCGGCUCUUCCAGGUGCAGCAGCAGCAGCAGCUGGCUAUUGGACUCCAGCCCCUGCAGGCACAGCAGCCGCUGUUCCCGAGGCCGGGCCUGCAGCAGACCCCGCAGCAGCAGCAGACGGCGGCGCUGGUCCGGCAGCUGCAGAAGCAGCUCUGCAGUAACCAGCCACAGCAAGGUUACCCCACUUCUGACCGUGGUUGGGGGGGACCCAGGGGACCUUUGCACUGAGGAACAGGACUCUGGAAAUUCAAUGUGCUGCUUGUGGUUAGACAGCAGACUUGAGCUCUCUUCUUAUCUCCAUUAUUAUUUUUUGUGCUGCAGCUGAUGUGAAUAUGUAACAAGGUGGGUUUGGGGUUAUUUUUGCAUUUAACUAGAUUUCAAUGUAUGGACUUGUGGGCCUAUUUGAAGAAUGUUAUCGCAGAUUUUAUGAAUUUGGUGCUUUUUAGGUCCUGUUACUUUUAAAGAGGACAAAGAAUGCUGGAUUUAUUUAUUUAUUUGUGGGGAAAACCUUUUUUUCUUGCAAAAAAAAAAAAAAAAAAAGAACUGCACUGGACCAAACUACUGAACUGAAAGGCACUUCAGAUUUUGGCAUAGAAGUUAAUUUGUUCAUUAAAAUGUUCACCUCUUUCUUUUUUGGUAGAACAAGCAUCAGUUCAAAUCGUGUUUAUUUGACUGUGAUUUUCACAUGCACUUUAUAAAGUUCUUUGUUUAAAGUACCAAUUCCUCUUGCUCUUAUUGUGGUAAGAAGGUGCUGAAGUGGGUUUAUUGCUUGUAUUAGAACUUCUUAAAGUUUAUAUUAAAAGCCACAAUGUCACAUUAAUAAACCUUCUGGAAGUUACUGUUCUCAUCUGGGGUCUGUCAUCCGAAGCUCUCAGGGGACGGUCCCAGGGGUGACGGGGACUGAGUGCUCCAGGGGGGCUUUGCUCCAUUCCUGUGAGUCCUGGUGGGGCCUGGUGGGAGGUGAC